AUGGCGGAAACACAAGUGGCUCCAAUAUCGAAUCGUAUGAAAGAUAUCAUUCAGACUCUACUUCCUGCUGCUGCUGCUGCCGCCGCAGACCAUGCCGAGCCUGACCCCGAGCUAGUCAACUUGUCUGUGGCCGACAAUCAACUUAUUCGAAGUGAAUUACUCGAAAUCUGCAAAAGUGCCAUUGCAAAAGAUCUAACUCAGGAGACUUUUAAUUACCCAAAAGGAUUAGGGGGAGAUCCGUCCCUGAUGCAAGCACUAUCCUCAUUCUUCAAUACAUAUUUCGAUCCAUCGAUCCCCGUUACUCCUGACCACCUUGUCGUUACCGCUGGAGCUGGGUUUGGUCUUGAUGCUCUUGCAUCCAGUAUCUGCGAGCCAGGAGAUUCAAUUCUUGUUCCAGGUCCUUGUUGGAGUUUGUACCCGUACCUUUUGUUUGCAAAGCUACUUGUCCCUGUCUAUCCGGCACCAUAUUAUACAGCUCUUACUUCACAUACAUUAAUCCCUGCUCUCGAUGCUGCCUAUGAUAGUGCUGCCAAUCCGAAACGUAUCAAGGGAUUAAUUAUCUGUAACCCACACAAUCCAUUUGGAAGAUGUUAUUCCAAAUCUGCACUGCAGGCGGUACUGAAGUGGUGUUCGCAAAAAGGAUUGCAUUACAUCUCCGACGAAGUAUACGGCGGGAUACAGUUUGGGGACACGCAAAGCGAUAAAUUCGUGUCAGCACUAUCUUUACUGGAUGAUAAUUCAGACUCCGAUGAUGGAACAGCUUUCGAUAAAAGCAAGCUCCAUGUUCUUUGGAGCGCCAGUAAACUGUUCGGUCUACCUGGAAUCAGACUGGGGUGUGUGAUCACUCAAGCCAAUCCUAUGGUUCGCGUUGGAUCUAUAAUUUCGACUUACAAUCAAAAUCCAUCUCUCUCCGCUCUUCUACUCACACACCUCCUGAAUUCAGCCGAACUUCCUACUUUAUUGAGCAAGAACAACGAACUUCUCGCCAAGUCAUACGAUCUAUUGUCUUCAACUUUAACUCGUCUUGGUAUCGAAUUUCUACCCGCAAAUGCGGGCUUUGUAGUCUUCGCUAAAUUCAUCAACAAUACGAGGUCUUGGAAAAAUGAAGCAACUCUUGUACAAGGGCUGAAGCAGUAUAAAGUCAUAGUCAGUGCAGGUAAAGGAUUCGGUGGCGCGGAGGAAGAGAAAGGCUGGGUAAGAAUCACUCUUGCUGUUCCUUGGGAACAAUUUCGUGAGGGCGUUAGAAGGAUUGAAAACUUUUUCCUUCAAAGUGGCUUGGCUUGA